CGCGGCGACGCUAGCGGUGUGUUUUGUUCCAAAGCGUAACGACGUGUAGCGUAAAAAAUAAAAACUUUAAUAUUUUUAAUUUGGAAUACGGUGUCAGAACAUUAAAACGGUGUUGAUUUGGUGAAUAUAUAAAUACACACAAAUUAGCUGGAACCGGUAUAUGAGAAUAAUUAAUAACCAAAUCAUAUUCCAACAAGAAUGACGCUCGGCGAAGAUUUCAGACAACUAUAAUAUAAUUUAGUGUGAACAAUACGUUACGUAAAAUUGUAAAUCUGUCCUCUGGUACAAUGACGAACAACAACGUUAAUAAUAACGGAAACAAAAUAUCACAGGGAAAUUCAAACAGAGCGGACCUGGAAAGAGGAAAAUAUAUUGACGAUUCUUCUGAUACAAAUCAGUGCAAGGUUCUAAUCAUGGUGGUUACGUUCGCUGCUCUGGGUGCCGCCGCAGCUAUGACCUGGCUGUACCAGGACUGGGAGACCAGUUUGAUAGUCCUGGGUGUAGGCAUAGUGGUGUUACAGUUUGUUUUCAAUUGGUGGUGGUGGUAUGUGGCCUUGAAGACUGCACCGAGAGAUUUGAAGGCACUGUACUGUUAUAUAAGAUUGCUGUCGUUAACACGAAGACUGGAAAGAGAAAAUAAGGGGAUGCCAGAUAUUGUCCACGAUCUGGUGAAGAAGCAUCCUGAUAAAUCUUGCUUCUUAUUUGAAAAUGAAAAAUGGUCUUUCUUAAAGGUUGAACAAUUCAGUCUCCGAGUUAGUGCGGCACUCAGAAAAGAGGGCGUCAAGAAGGGAAGUAUCGUGGCUGUAAUGAUGAACAACUGUCCGGAGUUACCGUGCACUUGGCUCGGCAUUGGUCGUCUUGGAGGCGUCAGUCCCCUUAUUAACACUAAUCAAACGGGAAACACACUGCUGCACUCUUUCACCAUUGCCAAGUGUGACGCAAUCAUUUAUGGCUCAGAAUUUGACAGUGCUAUUCAAGAGAUAAGGGGUGAAUUAGACCCUUCAAUAAAACUAUACAAAUUCACUCGGCGACCGCUAAAUCCUUCGAAUUAUACCGUGAAGGUAGCAGAUGAUUCUCCAGUUGACUUCACUGGAUUACUGGAGACCACUCCGGCUGCUCAGUGGUUCAAAUCAGAGGGCGAUGGCUUCAAUGGGAAACUUUUGUACAUUUAUACAUCGGGAACUACAGGACUGCCGAAAGCUGCAAUUAUAUCUUCUUCAAGGAUGGUGUUUAUGUCCACCGGCAACCAUUUCCUGGGUGGAUUAAAUAGUUCAGAUGUAAUAUAUUGUCCUAUGCCGCUGUAUCACUCGGCGGGUGGCUGUGUUUCUGUCGGUCAGGCGUUCAUCUUCGGCUGCACACUCGCGAUUAGAGCCAAAUUCUCCGCUUCUUCCUACUUCCCAGAUUGCAUCAAGUUUAACGCAACGGCUGCUCACUACAUCGGUGAGAUGUGUCGAUACAUUCUCACAACUCCUCCAGCACCUACCGACACACAGCACAAAGUGCGUAUCGUCUUCGGCAAUGGAAUGAGGCCUGCUAUAUGGGGAGAAUUCGUGAAGAGAUUUAACAUACAGCGAGUUUCUGAGUUCUACGGGGCUACUGAAGGCAACGCAAAUAUUAUUAACAACGAUAACACAUAUGGCGCCAUUGGAUUCGUAUCUAGAGUAAUUCCUGCAAUUUACCCUAUCUCUAUAAUCAAGGUAGACCAGGAUACGGGAGAACCCAUCAGAAACAGGAAGGGAUUGUGUCAGUUAGCGAAACCCAACGAGCCAGGCGCGUUUAUCGGCAAAAUCAACCCCAAUCUAGCGUCGAGAGCAUACCUUGGUUACGUAGACAAAGAGGAGUCGGAAAAGAAGGUGGUCAAAGAUGUAUUCACACAUGGUGACUGCGCUUUCAUAUCGGGUGAUAUCUUGGUCGCGGACGACUUCGGUUACCUGUUCUUCAAAGACCGUACUGGUGACACAUUCAGAUGGCGAGGCGAGAACGUCAGUACCACAGAAGUGGAAGCCACCAUAUCUAAAAUUGCCGGACAACGCGAUGCAGUCGUUUACGGAGUUGAGGUUCCAAAUACGGAAGGUCGUGCUGGCAUGUGCGGCAUAGUAGAACCAAGUGGUGAACUGGACUUAGAGCAACUUGCCAAAGAUAUGGCUAAAGAUCUACCGAAAUACGCGAGACCCAUUUUCAUCAGAGUAAUGACUACUGUCGACAUGACUGGUACUUUCAAAAUGAGGAAAGUAGACCUCUUGAAAGAGGGUUACAAUCCAGCGCUUGUUAAAGAUAAGCUAUUCUACCUGGAUCCAGCAACGAACAAAUAUCUACCCCUGGGACAAGCAGAGUAUGAUAAAAUUGUAGCGGGACAAAUCAGACUGUGAUUUUAAUUUAAGUAUACCUGAGUUGAAUUGUGUACAUAGAGCAUUCUGUGAUGGGACUAUUGUGAAGAGUGUGGUGAUUUAUUUAUAAAUUAAAAAUAGUUACUUAUUUAAUUAUUGUUAAAUUACCUAUGAAAUGCAUUUAGAUGUCGUCAGUUAUGUAAAAAUGGGCUUAGGUAUAUACAAUUAAUAUAUUUUUGUAAUGUUA